CUUAGUCAACUUGAUCAAAAAUUUUACUUCAGGAAGAUUUUCAUUUAUUUGUUCAUCAAAGCACGAACUGCCAACACCAGUUGUGAUCGCUAAGUUAAGAUUAGGGACGAUGUCAUCCAAUCUUACAAUAUCUGCGGCAAACAGAGAAACAAACGACAAUAAAUUUGCUUCUGCCACCCAAAGUAUGACACAACAGACGUCCACAUCCAGCAACAAUAAAGAACUCUCACAAAAACAUACUGCUUCUGGCAACGAUGAUGUGUCUACAUGGAAUGUCGUCGUUGCAAAACGAAAUUCAUCGUCGUCUUCUACGAAGCAUGUUCCGGAUCGAUCAACGCAUCAUCGGAACUUGCAGUCGCAGUCGCAGUCGAAAAGUGGUACGGAUAGGUCCUGGCACCAGAAGCAGCAGCCACAGCAACACUCGAAGAAUAAGGCCAAACCAGGCAACAAACACAACAACAACAACAACAACAACAAAAUGAAGUUUCAAAAGAACAUCGUCAACAAUAAUUGUGAAAGUAAGAGACCAAAGCCCAAACCCAAAACAUCAACCAUAAGAGAUAUGAUUCCCGGUAACAAAAAGAAAAACUUCAACGAUGAAAAGAAGAAACCAGUUCAUCAACAGCAGCAGCGACAGCAUCMGUAUCCUAAACAAAAUUUGCCACCAAGAAACCCACAUCGACGACUGGAUCUUCAAAUGAACAGCGAUCAGGACUUUCCGGCUCUUGGAACCAGUAAUCAAUCAUCAUCGACUCCUAUUCCUUCCCGUUCUACCGAUGUUGUCGCCACAAGACGAGGAUGGGGAGCUGUCCCGAAGCCGCCUCCACCUCCGACCAUGUUACAGAAGACAGGCAGUAAAUUCAACAUUUCGAACUCGACCACGCUAACCACUGCGGUGUCUACUCAAUCCUUAAAACAGAAACCGCAGAAGAAUAAUACCCAGCCACAACCCAGAAUUCUAAAGUGCGAAAACCAAUUGCAAAAGGGGAAUGCGAUCGGAACUCAAAAGAGCAGCAAGAAAAAGAAGGCGCUCCAGAGAGACGAGUCCUCACUGUCGUCGUCAAAACCAAACMGCAUCCCAUCCUCAUCUGUAUCGUCGUUUUUUCAGCCCCUAGCGCGCGCUAGUGUGGGCGGAGACACCGCUUGCGCUGCUGGCGCUGUGGGUGGUGGCAGCAGCCGAGGGAUGGACGGGGAAGAACAUCAGCUCUUGCGUCUCAUGAAAGAGCGAACCGUGUACCAGAAGAAGGGCCGGCAGCGAGUCGCUCCGCGCAAAAAGAAAUUCACUGCACUAAAAAAGAAGGUAUUACAGGAACGACUGGAUCAAUGGAGGGCGCUUCAUCCAGAAGCGUCGACGGGUCCUCGGCAAGGCAAUCACGACGGUGGGACCGUUAGGACUACAAGCACGAUACCAAGCAAAGGGUGCAAAAGUUCACUUCCAACGUGCUCGCUGUGCAUAUACAACUAUGCAGUUCCAGAGGAAUUGGAAGACGACGACGAAUACGAAGAAAUAAUGGGUAAUUUAAAAGGGAUGGCAUUGAAGAUUGGGCCUAUCGACGAUGUCUUCAUUCCCCGCAGCUCUGUUUUCGGGGAUGAGAUAAAUCAGGACGGCGCCGGCAACGACAACAAGCAGAACAACAAGCAUCCUUCUUUCGUCAAAUUUCAGAAAGAGUCCGAUGCUGCUGCCGCGCUGGCGUGUUGGUCCGGCUUGGUCAUUGGAGGGAAUGAGCUCGGAGUGUUCGGCGUUUCCGUACCGUCCGAUGACAGAAACGUUGUUUGGUCCACAAGAGCUCUUGCCGCGGAGACAAAACGGCGCAAAGAACUCGAUAAUGUAGAGAGCGAAAGAGACUCGAGUGCAAUUGAUAUCAUUCUUCAAAAGAUUUUGACUGAUGAUGACUUCGAAGACGAGGAUUGCAUGAACGAGAGUCUCGACGAUCUGAGGAACAUCGCUGCGCAGCUCGGAGCUGUUCAGAAUAUCCAAGCCAGUUCAACCAAGAACGGAGAUGUCACGCUGACCUAUAAAUGUUCUUUAGUUGAGGCUCGAAAAAUCGCAGAAAAUCUUUGUAGAGUGGUAGUGGGCGGCGAGCCACUAUAUGCUUCGGUCAGCGAGGAGCUUGUUGCAACGUCUGACAGGGCUGGAUCCCCAACGGUUGUAUUGCUCGAAAAUAUUCUGACACAGGAUGAUCUGGAUGACAGUGAAUGUCUACAAGAAAGUCUCAAUGACAUCAGGGAGCUUUGCAUGCGUUACGGUGAUGUUUCUGACGUUGCCGUAAAGGGUACCGGGGUCAAAGUGAAGUACAACGAAAGCGUUCACGUUGCCAAGAAAGCGACAAGUGAACUGAACGGAAUAGUUCUCGGUGGAAUUGUACUCAAAGCAUCUCUGCAGGUCGACAAAGAUUCGGGGAGGAACGAUUCCGGGCUUGAAAAUUCGAUCAAUUUGUACAACCUCGUAACCGAAGACGACCUGGAGGACGAGGAUUGCAUKGAAGAAAGCCUUAGCGAUGUUCGUGAACUUGCUUCCAGGUACGGCGAAGUUGUCGGCGUCGAAGUAUUGGACAAAGAUAGCAAUCCUUUUGUGCGAAUAAGAUUUGGGGACGAUAUUUCGGUUGCAGCUGAUGCUGUGAAAGGCUUUGGCAAUAUGGUGAUUGGUGGACAGAUAAUCGAUGCAUCUCUUUCUAGCAGCGAUUCGGGAACGUCGKGAUCGAAGAGUGUUUGCGAACAACCCGGAGACAAACGAAAGCCGGAAUCCGCAACAAGGAAUCCUUCCGACAAGAAGGCAAGGACAGAUGACAAGGCGCCUCUCUACUCUGGCGACAAGCUGAUUUCGGAGCGCUUUGCGGAGAUGAAGCGGGUGCCCAAGAUACCGAACAAGGGCCCGAGAGAAUAUGCUAGCGAAAUCAAAGACGAGCGUGUCAAGCCGCUCUUGUCCGAAAUGCUUGGAGAGCUGAUGAGAUUGCAAAAGAGAGCGGUCGAAGACAAAAAUGCAAAGGCACGAAGACGGAUGGUGAUGGGACUUCGAGAAGUCGCCAGGGGUAUCCGAGCGCACAAAGGUAAGCCCGCAGCUGGAAUGAACGCCCAGAUGCUUCACUUCGUGCUGUAUCCUUGACUAAAAGUUCUUUUUCUUUCGACACUGAAUUCCACAGUAAAAAUGGUGGUAAUGGCAAACAAUUUAGACGAGUACGGGGUCAUCGACGAGAAGCUACAAGAAAUUAUUGACCUUGCCAAAAGCGAAGGAGUUCCUCUAUUUUUUGAAUUCACAAAACGAUCACUAGGCAAAGCUAUCGGGAAAAGCAUCAAGAUUGCAGUGGUUGGGAUACAAAAUGCCGAUGGAGCGCACCAGCCAUUUAAGAAACUCAACGCGAUUGCAAGUAGAAUAUGACAAGAUUAGCGAUUCGUUGCGACCACACUUUAGAAUAAGUUCUCUUUAUCUGA